AUGAGAGUUCCCCAUGCCAUGUCGAUGUCAGACUGCACAGCGGCUUGCUGCGAUCUUUCGGGUUGUGACUUGUCCUGGAUGUUUGAACGGCGCUGCUACAUUGUGAACUGCCAGCAUAAAGAAAAUUGUGAACCCAAGAAAAUUGAAACAGUGAAGUCUUACCUUACGUUUGUACUUAGGCCUUCUCAGAGGCCAGGUGCACUGCUAGGGUAUGGACAGGUGCUGCCAAAUAUGGUUCACUCUGUGGGACUACAGGGUGAGCCCUCUGAGGAAGUGAGUAACCUGAAGGAGCUGUCUUUUCUGAGUAAAGACCACAGCUUUGAGGAGAUACCUGAAUACACUGAUGACUACAGGGACUUGGAACAGGACCCCUUUCAGCUGAGCAUCAAGCACAAACAGAAAGAGAGCACUGAUUACACGGACUGGGGCCUCAUGGUGGCCAGUGAAAAUGGCUUCAACUCUACAGUAGCUGAUACCGAAGACGACCAUGAGGAUUUGGCUGAAAAGCAGAGGGAAGGCAGUAGACUGGAAAAUCUCAUGACUAAAAGUGGGUCCAAUUCAAACUCUGUUCCUAUUGAACACGCCAAAGAGAAGCUGCCAUCUCUCGCUGAGAUGACACCAUUCCCAGUGGAGUCCACUGAAAGCGAAGCAGCUAGACAACCACCUGUACAAGCCAGUGACAACCUGGGGAAAGAGGUUCUAACACCUUCCCGUAAUUCUCCUUCAGACAAUCUGGAAUCUACCCAAGCUAUUGCAGAGAGAACUCAAAUCCCAACAACAGCCCCCUGGAGUCUGACACAAGAUGGGAUCACACCACUUCCAGCUAGUUCUGUCAUCUCUCAGGCCACUGUCAUGCAGCAGGUCCCAUCUCCCACCACUGCUGCCAAAGCAGAUCCAGUAAAAGAACUCAUGGUGUCAGCUGGAGAUAACUUACAGGUGACUCUACCAAAAAACGAAGUUGAACUGAAUGCCUUUGUUGUGCCACCACCCCCAACAGAAACAGCCUACAGCUAUGAGUGGAGCUUGAUCAGUCACCCUGCUGACUAUGAGGGUGAAAUGGAACAGAAGCGUACACGGACACUGAAACUCUCUCAACUGUCAGUAGGCCUCUAUGCCUUCAAAGUGACCGUUUCUGGUGAAAACGCAUUUGGAGAAGGAUUUGUAAAUGUCACUGUCAAACCAGCAGUCAGAGUAAACCAACCACCCGUAGCAGUUGCUUCCCCCAACGCACAGGAGGUGUCUUUGCCUACAACUUCUACCUUCAUUGAUGGCAGUCAAAGUAGAGAUGACACUAAGAUACUGAGCUACCACUGGGAGGAAAUUAAAGGUCCCUUGCGAGAACAGAAGGCAUCAGCUGACACGCCUGUUUUGCACUUGUCUAACCUUGUUCCCGGAAAUUACACUUUCCGGUUAACAGUAAUUGAUUCAGAUGGAGCAGCUAACUCCACAAUUGCAUCUCUGACAGUCAACAAACCAAUGGAUUACCCACCCAUUGCCAACACAGGACCAAAUCAGGCAAUAACUUUGCCCCAAAACUUCAUCACGCUGAAUGGAAACCAGAGCAGUGAUGAUCAUGAGAUUGUCAGCUACGAGUGGUCGCUUAGCCCCAAAAGUAAAGGCAAAGUAGUAGCAAUGCAGGGAGUGCGGACUCCAUACCUCCAGUUAUCUGCAAUGCAGGAAGGAGAUUAUACAUUUCAGCUGACUAUUACAGACUCAGCGAGACAGCGGUCCACAGCUGAGGUCACUGUGAUUGUACAACAUGAAAAUAACAGUCCUCCAGUAGCGGUGGCUGGUCCAGACAAGGAAUUAACAUUUCCAGUAGAAAGCACUACACUGGACGGAAGCAAAAGUCAUGAUGACCAAGGCAUUGUUUUCUAUCACUGGGAAAAUAUCAGUGGGCCAACCACUGUGCAAAUAGGAAACAUUGACAAAGCAGUGGCAACUGUAAGUGGUCUACAGGUUGGUACCUAUCACUUCCGACUGACCGUGAAAGAUUACCAGGGAUUAAGCAGCACAGCUACACAGUCUGUUACAGUGAAGGAAGAAAACAACAUUCCUCCCCGGGCUCAUGCAGGAGGCAAACACGUUCUUGUGCUUCCGAAUAACUCUAUUACAUUGGAUGGCUCACGGUCUACUGACGACCAAGGGAUUGUAUCGUAUCUGUGGAUUCGGGAUGGCCAGAGCCCAGCCGCUGGCGAUGUGAUACAUGGCUCAGACCAUGAGGCAGUUCUUCAGCUAACCAAUCUUGUGGAAGGACUCUAUACUUUUCACUUGAAAGUCACAGAUGCUAAAGGAGAUUCAGCUAUUGACGCUGCCACUGUUGAAGUGCGGCCUGACCCUAAAAAAAAUGGUCUGGUGGAGUUGAUUUUGCAAGUUGCAGUUGGCCAGCUGACUGAGCAACAAAAGGACACCCUGGUGAGACAGCUAGCAGUGCUGCUGAAUGUCUUGGAUUCAGACAUCAAAGUUCAGAAGAUACAAGCCUAUUCAGAUUUAAGCACAGCAGUUGUAUUCUAUGUGCAGAAUGGGCAUCCUUUCAAAGUAAUAAAGGCUUCAGAUGUCGCACGGAUGCUGCACGUGCAGCUGCUAAAGGAGAAGGCUGACUUCCUGCUUUUUAAAGUUCUGCGGGUUGACACAGCUGUCUGCCUUUUAAAAUGCUCUGGACAUGGUCACUGUGACCCCAUCACAAAACGUUGUAUUUGCUAUCAGCUGUGGAUGGAGAACUUGAUCCAGCGUUACCUGAAUGAUGGAGAGAGUAAUUGUGAAUGGAGCAUACUCUACGUGACAGUAUCCACUUUCAUUUUGGUUGUGCUCAUGGUGAGCUUAGCGUGGCUCUGCAUCUGCUACUGUAAGAGCAGAAAGAGGACAAAGAUAAGAAAGAAAACCAAAUACACUAUCCUAGAUAACAUAGAUGACCAGGAGAGGAUGGAGCUAAGGCCCAAAUAUGGUAUAAAACACAGAAGUACAGAACACAAUUCCAGUCUGAUGGUUUCAGAGUCCGAGUUCGACAGCGACCAGGACACUAUCUUCAGCAGAGAAAAGGUCGGAAGAGAGAAUCCUAAGAACAUCAUGAAUGGUUCUGUCAAAAAUGGAGUUUCCUUCACCUAUAGCUCGAAAGACAGAUAA